AGAGGUUUCCCACUGCCACCACAAUACGUACCGUGCAGAGCAAGUUUCUCAUCGCUCCCUUCCAUAACCUUCAGACGAUCAAUCAAGCAUCAAGAGCCCAUCAUUACCACUACCAACACCAUAACCAUGACGGAAAGCAACUUUGACACUGAUGAUCAUAGCCACAUGGAUUCCAUUAUCCAUGAGAACGGUACCAUCCUGACCAAGGAGAAACAGGAAGCGAUCGCAAAGAAGGAAAGCCAAUGGAUCUUCUUGAUGAGAAUGCUGGUCCUGGUGGUGCUGGUUUGCUCUGCUAUUGCUGUGAUUGUGUUCACCUACCUUUACAUGAGCCAAGAAGAGCAGGAAGAGUUUGAAGAUCGAUUUGACAGUGAUUCGGCCAAGGUCAUUGAAGCCAUUGGCAAGACAAUGGAUCAGACUUUGGGUUCUCUGGAUGGUUUCGUGACGGAUGCAAUCGCCCAUGCCAGAUCUACCAACCAGUCUUGGCCAUUUGUGACCAUACCUUUUCUUCCAGUCAAAUGUGGAAAGGUCAUGAAGUUGACCAAAAUCUUUGGCUGUUUUGCCAAUAUCUUUGUCAAUCCAGAGCAAAUGGAUGAAUGGCAACGUUUUGUUUCUGAAAACUUGGAAUGGAUAGAGGAAGGGAAAGCUGUCCAGGCCAAAGACCCAGAGUGGAUCCAUCCAUCAGAUUUUGACCUGAACGUUUCAUACGAGGUUUUUGGAUAUUUAGGAGCUGUGAACCACUCACAGCCCACCGAGUACUUCAACAACUUUGCCCCUGUUUGGCAGCAAUACCCCAUUACUCCUUGGCUUGCCACCAACUGGGAUGAUUUACAGGAUCCAGCAUAUGGACUGCCAGUGGUUGAUGCUGUGGAAAAUAGACGAGUGGGAAUGAUUCCUUCAUUCAACGUUGUCCGAGAUCCUGACGAUGAGGCGAAUGUAGCGACCGCAACUUUCUGGAAAGGAUGGGCUGAACAGUACAUUGGUCCUGGUGACGAUCCAUCAGAACCCAUAUCUUCUAUUCUCUAUCCCAUGUAUGACACCUUGGAGUCCAUCUACACAGAGCCGGAAGAAUGUGAAAUGCCUGUGGGUAUGAUGCAAGUUACAGUCUUCUUCAAGGAUACUAUUCGUGACAUUCUUCCGUCAGAUUCUCAAGGGAUUAUUGUCGUCUUCUCAAGUACCACCAAGUGUUCGGCCACAUUCACCUAUCGCAUUGAUGGGCCCAUGACAACCUAUCUAGGAUCCGGAGAUCACCAUGAUCCUGCUUAUGAUGGCUUUCGCAAGUAUGUCACUUUGAAUGAAAUCAUGAAGACUACCAAAGAAUCUGGAGAGGGAACCACUUAUACCGGACUGCCCUUGGCAGAUUCCUACUGUGUAAACACCAUUGAGGUGUAUCCCUCCAAAGAGAUGGAGGACAAGUAUAUGACGAGUGACCCUUUGGUCUUUACCAUUGUUGCAGCUUGUAUCUUUCUCUUUACAUCUCUUGUCUUCAUUCUUUAUGAUUGCAUUGUUUCCCGCCGGCAACGCAUUGUCAUGCAACGGGCCUUGGCAUCUGGAGCCAUUGUUUCUUCCCUCUUUCCUGAGAACGUCAAAAAGCAGCUAUACGAAGAGCGUGAAGAAGAACAAAAGAAGGAACAGAGACUCAAGACCUUUGCCAAUCCUGCUGGGGCAGGUCGUGCCUCACUCAUUUCCUUCACUCAAGGAAAUGAUUUUGGCACUGUUUUGGCCAAGUCCUCCAAACCCAUUGCGGAUCUAUUCGACAAUACUACCGUGUUUUUUGCUGAUCUUGCUGGUUUCACAAGCUGGUCUGCGAAGAGAACUCCAGUGGAGGUGUUUGAGUUGCUUGAAACCAUUUAUGGAGCUUUUGACAAGGUUGCUGUUAGGCGAAAUGUCUUCAAGGUAGAAACGGUUGGAGACUGCUAUGUUGCUGUGACAGGUAUCCCUCAACCCCAGAGGAACCAUGCAACAAUCAUGGUUAGGUUCGCUCAAGAGUGCAUGACAGAAAUGAACCAACUAACCGUGGAAUUGGCCUCAACCCUUGGAGAUGAUACCAAAGACCUUCAGAUGAGGGUUGGCCUUCAUUCUGGAUCAACAACAGCAGGAGUUCUUCGAGGAGACAAAGGAAGGUUCCAGUUGUUUGGAGAUACUGUCAAUACUGCGUCACGCAUGGAGAGUAACGGCGUCAAAGGCCGCAUCCACGUAUCCCAGGCAACAGCUGAUGCCAUAACUGCUGCUGGCAAAGGUCGCUGGUUGACUGCCAGAGAAGACAAAAUUGUUGCCAAAGGAAAAGGUGAAAUGCAAACCUACUUUGUUGGCAUCGUUGCUGGAUCCACAAGAACAGGUAUUCAGUCCAUGCGGUCAUCCGAUCAGAUGUCGUCUUUCAAAGAUGAGGGUGGGGAUGAGCAUGUUGCGGCAAGGGACUUCCAGGACCCUUCUGAGAUUUCUCUCUAGCCCCGCAGCUGAUUGGUUUCACCAAAGUCUUCGUUAUGUGUUUGGAAAGUAUUGGUCUGUUUUUCAUGUGGAGGCGUUCACUUCGUAGGCACAUCCGAGUCUCGCCUUGUCUACCCCCCUCAUAGGAGCGAUGCUAGAGACGGGAUUUGCAAACAUUUGUUCUCCGGGCUUUGUACAUUUACCAUUCCUUCAACCUUAAGAAACAGCUUGCAAUAAUGCAAUUUUCACGCUGAGGGAAGCAAGUGGAG